AAAAGAGCACUUUUCACAAACAUCGCGAGAGUUUGCGAGAGUUCCGGUGUUGUGAUGAUGAACGUCCCUGCCAACAUGGCGGUCAGCAUCCGCGGCCGUCAGACCCGGAGUGUACGGAUGCGAGGUCGGAAUGACAGCGGGGAGGAGAAUGUACCGCUGGAUCUCACGCGGGAACCCUCCGAUAACAUGCGUGAGAUCCUGCAGAACAUCGCAAAACCUCACGGGGUCUCAAACAUGAGAAAGCUUGGCCAUCUGAACAACUUUGUGAAGCUCCUAAACAGUGUCAAUCAUUGUGAAGAAAAGCUGGGAUUUACAUACGAGGAAAUCAUCAUUUGUUUGCGCGUGGCAUUGCUGAAUGAAGUUAAAGAGGUUCGGGCAGCGGGUUUGAGAGUGUUGCGCUAUCUGAUCCGAGAGAGCAGCGUCCUUCAGAAAGUUCUUCGGCUGCAGGUGGAUUACCUCAUCUCCAGGUGUGUUGACAUCCAGCAGAGUAAUGAGGUGGAAAGAACUCAAGCCCUCCGAUUGGUCAGAAAGAUGAUAACGGUGAAUGCGCAGCUCUUCCCGAGGUCGGUGACCAAUUCUUUGAUCGCCGUGGGAAACGAUGGACUGCAGGAGAGAGAUCGGAUGGUGCGAGCGUGUAUCGCCACUAUUUGUGAACUUGCGUUGAGAAACCCAGAGGUGGUGGCCCUGCAGGGAGGUCUGAGCACCAUUCUAAAGAACGUUCUGGACUGUCAGCUGAGCCGCAUCAACGAAGCUCUGAUCACCACCAUACUGCACCUGCUCAAUCACCCCCAAACACGACAAUACCUGCGCGCUGAUGUUGAACUAGAGCAAAUUCUCGCACCUUACACAGACUUUCACUACAGACACAACCCCGACACAGCGGAGGCACAGAUCAAAGAGGACAGAGAGAGUCGUUUUUUAUCCAGUAAAAUGGCCAUCGUGGCUGCGUUCCGCUCAUGGUCAGGUAUCAUCAAUCUGUGUAAAGCUGGAAACUCGGGCGUUCAGUCUUUGAUCGGUCUGCUCUGUAUACCGAACAUGGAAGUCAGGAAAGCUUUGUUAGAGGUCAUGUAUGACAUCUUCAGAUUGCCUGCUCCCAUGGUGACGGAUGAUUUUGAGGAAGCUCUGCACAGUGUGGACCCCAGCAGGUUUCAGGACGGCUGGAGGUUAUCUGAUGGAUUUGUAGCAGCCGAGGGUAAAGUCAUAUUGCCUCACAGAGCACGAUCCAGACCAGAUCUGAUGGAUAACUAUCUGGCUUUGCUGCUGUCAGCCUUUAUCAACAGUGGACUGCUGGAGGGUCUGGUGGAGGUGGUGACGGGCAGUGAUGGACAGAUAUCAGUCAGAGCUACAGUACUUCUCGGAGAGCUUCUGCACAUGGCCAAUACGAUUCUUCCUCACUCUCACAGUCAUCAUUUACACUGUUUACCAACGCUGAUCAACAUGGCAGCUUCAUUUGACAUCGAUCAGGAGAAACAAUUACGAGCCAGCGCAGCUGUUAACCACCUGAAGCGCUUCCACGAAAAGAAACGGCGAGGGCCCAGCCCGUACAGUCUUUACCUGGAUCACAUUCUGCGCAGGACGGCCACAUCCACACACAAGAAAGAUCAACGGUCACACAUAGACGCCUAUAUCACGAAGGACACUGAGGAGGCGCUGAUGAUGAAUCUGAGGGACAGUCAGAUUCUCAGUCACAAACAGAAUCUGGAGUGGAACUGGGUUCUUAUCAUCACUAUACUGAAGUGGCCGAACGUGAACCUUAAAAACAACAAAGACGAACAAAUGCACAAGUUUGUGAGGAGGUUGCUGUAUUUCUAUAAGCCCAGCAGUAAGCUGUACUCAACUCUGGAGCUGGAUCACAGUAAAUCCAGGCAGCUGACGGUAGCCGGAUGUCAGUUCGUGCAGUUCCUCUUGGAUUCUGAGGAGGACGGUCAUAUGUAUUUAGAGGAGCUGGUGAAGGAUGUCGCACAGUGGCUCACUUCCUCCUCGGGGUUCAAAUCUGAACGCGGUCUCCAUAGCAACGGCCUCCUCAAAACACUCAGUCAGCACUACUUCCUGUUUGUGGGUACCCUGUCGUCACAGCCGGCCGGAGUCAAGAUGCUGGAGAAAUGUGGCGUAUUUCAGUGUCUGUUAAACAUGUGCUUAAUGAAAAACCAAGAUCAUCUGUUGAAGUUGACAGUGUCGACGCUGGACUACAGCAGAGAUGGACUCUCUCGAGUCAUCCUGUCCAAGAUCCUCACCGCAGCCACUGACAACUGUCGUCUGUACGGCACCAAACAUCUGCGUGUGCUGCUGCGAGCUAACGUUGAGUUCUUCAGUAACUGGGGGAUGGAGUUACUGGUCACGCAGCUCCACGACCACAACAAAACCAUCUCGAUGGAAGCGCUGGACAUCCUGGAUGAAGCCUGUGAGGACAAGGCGAACCUCCACACUUUGAUUCACAUGAGACCAGCGCUGUCUCAUCUGGGAGAUAAAGGACUUCUGCUGCUGUUGAGGUUUCUGUCCAUCCCGAAAGGCUUCACAUACCUGAAUGAAAGAGGUUACGUCGACAAACAGCUGGAAAUAUGGCAGAAGGAGUAUAAUUUAAAGUAUGUGGACAUGAUCGAAGAGCAGCUGAACGAAGCGCUUACGACAUAUCGCAAACCUGUCGACGGAGACAACUACGUCCGUCGCAGCAACCAAAGGUCACAGAGGCCGAAUGUCUUUCUUCCGGUUCAUUUGUACGGGCAGCUGGUUCACGAUAAGACCGGCUGUCUUCUGUUAGAAGCACAGGGUGUAGUUCAGGAUCUCUGCCACACGGUUCGAUCUCCAAUUUUGGAUAAAUGGGAAGGCAUUAAACGCUUGAAAGCUGUGCUCUGGGCUCUGGGACACAUCGGCAGCUCAAACUGGGGACUCAACCUGCUGCAGGAGGAGAACCUGUUGCCAGACAUUAUCGCACUGGCACAACACUGCGAGGUUCUGUCUGUACGAGGUACAUGUGUGUAUGUGUUGGGUGUGAUCAGCCGGACGAGACAGGGCGGUGAUGUGCUGAAGGUGUUAGGAUGGGAUUCGGUACGUCACAGCAGAAGACAGCAGUGGCCUGUCGUCCCUGAUGAGUUGGACGCUCCACUGCCCAGUGAACUGUCGUCUGUACCCAGCACGCUCUCUCUCACCUCUGAAUCAAUCAGCUCACGACACAACAGUGAGAGCGAAAGUCAGCCGAGUUUGUACUUCAUGGAUGAUGAUCGUGAAGGGUUGGACAUGUACGAUGACUCUUCUCUCUUCGGACACACGAAACCUCAGAAAGACCGAAGCCCAUUCACCAUCCUGACGCCGUCACACCUCAGAAACCGUUUCCUGAACUCUCUGUCUCUCUCCACUAAGAAGGGUCGGAGCGACUCCAAAGGCACUAAUGUGGGAAAAUCACCCGAGGAUCUGAGGCUCAUGCGCCGGAACCAAACAACGACAGAAUCUUCAAACUGCUCGCUUGGUCACUCGGGAGAGGGAGACGUGUUUUAUAACGGCAGUCGUGUGUCUUGCAGCCCGACAGUCAACCUGGAGACGUCUUUCGUGCUCAUAAACACUCUGUCAGAUGAAAACUCAGAUUCAGACGUCGGAGGUCAGCAUAAGGCCGUGACCCCGGGUGAUGGUGAGCCGAGUAGUAGGGAGCAACUGACGCGUGACCGCUCCUCCGUGCUGCCAGACGGCGGCACAUUUAAAAGUCGCAGUCAGAGCUUCAACACAGACACCACCACUAGCGGCAUCAGUUCCAUGAGCUCCUCCCCUUCUCGAGAGAUGGCUGUCACCAUGGAUACGGACUGCGCCAGCCUCAAUACGGUGGUGAGCGCCAAGACCGUGAAAAUGCAAAACUCGCUCAGCCCCCAUUCCGCUCGCGGCCACAUCCCGUUGUCAAAAUCCAAUUCCACAUCUCUUAUUCCGCCCGGGUCGUCACACACACUCCCUCGCAGGGCCCAGUCGCUGAGAUCUCCCUCCGUGAACACCAUCAAUAGCCUCGUGGACUGCAGUUUUAUGUACACGAGUCCACGUGACGCUUUGGGAUACGACGUGUUAAAGCGUCUGCAGCAGCAGAGGAUUCAUUCAUCUCUUUCCCACAGUGAAGCUCUUUCUUCUCCCGCUAAAGACGUGCUGUAUACAGACACCAUCACGAUGAAAACACGCAGCCUCGACAUACGGCUCACACCACGGGGGUUUUUGAAAGCUUUGAGUUUUGCGUCACUGGAUAAAGAGGACUUGUUGAGUCCGAUCAAUCACUCGACCCUGCAGCGUUCAUCGUCUCUGCGCUCUAUGGUCUCCAGCGCCACCUUUGGCUGCAGUGAGGAUUACAUCGGCCUCGCAUUGCCCAUGGACAUCAACCAUCUGUUCCAGAUUAAAGAAACGUCAUAUUUCCAGAAGAGAACAAGCCCACCUGCCGGAGAAAACUCUCCCCAAUUUAUUUUUGGAGAAACUGAUGAGUCUUGUCGCGGUCCCGCUCUGAAGCAGCAGGUCAGUAUUACAGAGCUGUUGAACAGCAGUCGUUCGGAUCAGCAUCAUCUGUUGGGUGAUGAUGAGACGUCAGGUUUACAGGAACACACGGAGGAGAACUGUCUGUACUGCAGCGCUCUCACUGUACUCGACUCGGACACACACAACCAUCUGAACAACACACACACUCGCACAGAUCUGACGGAUGGCUUCUCUCAGUGGCACAGACAGCCAUCCCAUAAUCACCUGGAGGUGAUCGCGCAUUCAAAGUACUCGGGAGUUUCAGGCUGCAGUGACGCAGCUGUGAGUCAGGGCUCGGCCAGCAGCACUCCCAGUACAGAACUCAUACUGGAUGGUAAAGCAAUAUCUGAGGACGGACAUGCCUGUAAAGUCCUGUUGAGAAAAGAGGUUCUGCGUUUGGUCAUCAAUCUCAGUUCAUCCGUCGGUACCAAAGGUCAUGAAACGGGACUGCUCAAGAUAAAAGAGAAGUUUCCAUAUGCAUUCGAUGACAUCUGCCUUUACUCAGAGGUCUCCUUCCUGUUAGCCAACUGCACGUUUCGUCUGGCUUCACGACGCUUCAUUCAGGAGCUCUUCCAGGACGUGCAGUUCAGUUCACUGUAUGAUGAAGCUGAAGCCGUGUUGGCGAAGCCAAAAUCUGCUCCAGUGGAGACGUCAGAGUCUUGAUAUCUCCUACAAACUUUCUGAAACACCUGUUACUCUCAUUCCUCCGCUUCAUCUUCCAUUGUCUCACAUGCACGACAACAGGACGGAGAAAACGCUGACGUAGCGCUGAAGUGGAUGAGAGCAUGAAGGAACGAGAACACCACGGUGAAGGAACAGGAGAAACACGCCCCUGGACUUUCCAUUGCGUGUCUGAACGAGGGACGAUUUACCAAAUAAUGUCUUCAGACUGUGAAUCAGAGCUAAAGACUAGAACAAUUUAAAUAAAUAAAAUGCUGUUUACACUUUAAGAGCGCCGGAUGUACAGAUGAGAUGAAAGGUCACGUGACGCAUACACGCUGAUGUAUCAGUCAUGUAAACACCACAGAAAACUCUCCUGAACUGAGAAGAUCAAUUACGUUUAUACUAUUUAUUUUUCUUCUUUUUUUGUACAUGUGUGUGUGGGUUUGUAUGACCUCCAGACGAUCAGAAUUCAGUAUUUUUGAGAACCGCAUUGUAACUCAUAUGGUGUUUUUUGGGGGAUCUGUCAUGUGCUUGACAUCUUAUUUUCUUGUGAAAUGUAUUUAUUAGCAGCUCUGUUUAAGACGCAGAAAUGGAAAUAGGAUUUUCUUUACAUCGUGAUGAAAACUUUAGAGUGAAUGUUCUUAAAUGUCCUAAAUGUGACUUUUUAUGUUAACACAGAGUAAUAGUUAAUUUGACAGGUUUAGUACGAGUGAUUAUCAGCUGGACCUGUUCUGGGUUUAUUACCUGUUAAAUUCUAUUUAAAACUGUUGAUCUUAUUUUGACUCAUUUCACGUUUACAAACAACAAAUGUUUAUUUUUCACGUGGGAAAAUUCACCCAAAGAUUUAAAUUCUUUCGUCAUUUAUUCACUUUAACUGGAUGUCAUUCAUAAUCGGAAACUUUUCUUUUGUGAAAGUUAAUGGUUAAUGUUGUUUGGUUAUUCAAAACAUCUUUCUUUUGUGUUCUGCAUAAGAAAGUCAUACAGGUUUGGACUGACGUGAGGUCAGUAAAUGAUGACACAAUUUUAUUUUAUUUGGGUGAACUGUCACUUUAAAAUACAAGUCUGUGAGGUCUACAGGUGACCCAUAUGUUGUGUGUAAAGAAUAAAGACAAAAGUUAUAUUUUAGGGCAAUUAAGACUCAUUUGUCCUAAUGAAACUUAAGCCCAGUUGGACAAUUAAGUUUUAUCAUCACAAUGGAAAAUAUACCCGGUUUGUCUUUACUGUAUUUAAUGAGGAUCAUCAUUCAUGAAAAAAUAAAUUCCACAUGAGAAUUGUAAUAAAAAUGCCACACUUACCA